AUGCGUCCUGGCAACGCCUCAACGACAGCACCGCCGCAAAUCCAACAACCAUCCCAGCAAGCUUCCACAUCAACGAUGCAUGCCAAUCCAAACCCCUACCCACCUGGUUCACAAGCAGGACCUCCUCCCAUACACAGCAACAUCAACAACUCCACUCCGAACUCGAACACGAACGCUGAAGCAGGCCCUGGACCUCGUACCGUUGGACAAGGACAAGGUCCGCCGCAGUUCCUGUCUAGCUCCGGUCUUUCCGGCCUACCCGGAACGGCCACAACGAAUGCUGCUCAGAAGAGGGAAGAAGAGAGGCGAAAAGAGGUGGCAGAGAGGAAACGAAGGGAGAGGGAAGAGAUGUUGAUGAAAAAGGAUAAAUCGCUGGGAGAAAUGUUGGUCAUGCUCGAGGAUUAUCAGCCUCUAAUCCCGGAUGAGGUGACGGAUUACUACCUUCAACGCUCUGGGUUCGAAUGCGACGAUCCUCGAAUCAAACGUCUCCUCUCGCUCGCCGCUCAGAAGUUUGUCAACGACAUCGCCUCGGACGCCUUUCACUAUGCCAAACUGCGUAUGAACGCUCCGAGCGCCAAGACCGGGAAAGCCGGUUCCAAGGGCAACGAGAAGGACAAGGGCAAGGUUGUCUUGACGAUGGACGACCUGAGCAACGCUUUGGGGGAGCACGGCGUCAAUGCUCGAAAACCGGAUUACUGUGAGUAA